GAUUGGUCACAUGGCUUUUGCAGGAAAGCCUCGAAGCGCGCUGAUUGGCUGCAGCCUAUUCUCUCUGCCUGAAGCGCUUAGAAGCCAAGAGAUGCUGAGUGUGUGCGCUCAAUAGGCAGCGGAGCUCAGCUGGAGAGAGGAGACGGGGGCUGUGUUUCUAGGGACACGCCGGAGCCAUGGAUACGGAUUCGGGGGACCUCAGUGAAGGGGAGCUUUCUCCAGGUCCUGAGCAAUUUAGCUCAAAGAGCUUUGCUGUUCAAGCCCAGAAGAAGAUCCUCAGUAAGAUGGCAACAAAGACCAUGGCCAACAUGCUUAUUGAUGACACAAGCAGUGAAAUAUUUGAUGAGCUCUUUAAAGUAACCAAGGAAUAUGUAAAAAACAAGAAAGAGGCCCACAAGGUCCUGAAGGACCUUGUAAAGGUUGCAGUAAAAGUCGGCAUUCUGUACAGAAAUAAACAGUUCAGUCUGGAAGAACUUGAAAUAGUCGAAAACUUCAGGAAAAAACUGAAUCAGACCUGCAUGACUGCAGUCAGUUUCUUUGAGGUUGAGUACACGUUUGAUAAAAAUGUGCUUUCCGGACUGUUGCACGAAUGUAAAACUCUUCUUCAUGAAUUGGUGCAGCGCCAUCUAACACCAAAAUCCCACAGUCGCAUCGACAGGGUUUUUAAUCAUUUUGCUGAUGUGGAAUUCCUUACUGCCCUCUAUAGCCUUGAAGGAAAUUACAGGCCGUACCUCAAAAGGAUUUGUGAAGGGGUCAAUAAAUUACUUGAUGAAAGGGUUCUUUAAAUUGUUGCCUUCAGGAACAUCGUGUUUAUAAUCCCACUAAGUGAAAACUGCAUUUUAAUGGCCUUGUCAUUCCAGGUGGCCGGAUAACAGUACAGCACACGUCUGUCUAGAGUGCAGUGUUUGCUUUCUUGUCAGAGGAUUGGAAUCUGUUAUCUUUACACGUUCACUGAAUGAGGCCUUUGUUGCUAUUAUGAAUACGUAUACCUUCAGCAAAGAGCACAUCAACAGACAUCUGUAAGCAACUUCAUUGAACUGGUGGCUCAAGCAGAACUGAACUUGAUCUAACAGUAAGCAUCAGAGAAAUGGAUUCCCAAGCAAAGCAUCAGAGCACUGUUUCUUAUGAAGUACUUUGUAUUUUCAUUUAGUACUGCUAUACCAUGUUCAAGCUUUCCAGCAAAAGCAAAGAACUGUGAUAAUCACAGGGGAGCAACCAGACAUACAGAAUGUUCCAUUGUACCAACACCUGCUUUCUUCUAAGUUACCUUAUCAUGCAAAGGAUCAACAAACUCCAGUCAUGGUAUCAUCGUGUUUCACUUGUAUGUAAAGUUAUGUAAUCAUGCGUUUGAAUACAUUUUGGUACAGUUUAUAUAUACGAUGAGCAGAAAUGUAUUACACCCCCUAGUAACCUUUUAGCCUCAACAUGAUGGGCGCAAAUUAAAAGGUAACUAUAAUAGUUUGUCAAUGGAGGGACCAAGAGCUAUUUCAGAUAUAUUUUCACACAGUGGUAGUUAGGUAGCUACUUCACAAAAUCAGUAGUAAAUUAAUCCACCAACUAGGAAAAAUGGUAUUAACCUGUAAACUGUAAAGUAUAUUCCACCAGGCAGUAUAAAGUAUAUUCCACCAGGCAGUAUAAAUAUAUUUUUUUUCAGUAAUCUAAAAUGCAGCGAGAGUAUGAAAUAGAGAUGGGGCCCCCCAAAAUCUCUCAAUUCAGUAUUCAGCUUUUCUACUAUUGAUAUACACCAGUAUGACUGCCAUUACUACCAUUUAUUCUAUAUGCAAUCUGAUGUCCCACUUCCAGCACUCAUCAGGGCAGUUUGGAGAAAAUAGGAUAGGAGAUAAAGGAAUUUUCCUAGGCCUAGGCUUGCAGAGUUAUAUUAUCCUGGAUAAUAUAAUUCUGUAAGCCUAGGAUAAUUCCUUUACCUCCUAUCCUAUUGUAUCCAAACUGCCCUGAUGAGUGCUGGAAGUGGGACAUCAGAAUUAUCCAUUCUCAACUUGGUGACUUUAAUGAGGGUUGGUUUUGUUUCUUUGCAUCAAUAAUAAGAACCCACAAAUAUAUUGUAUCCACAGUCAUGUACAGACCCUGCCAGCGUAGGUUAUUGAGUUCACGUGAAGUCAUAACCCUAUAUAAAUAAGAACAAAACUCUCGAUAUACUAUUUGCUUACAUGUAAAAACUGUGAUUUCAGUUGGUGCUCAGGGUUUGUGGAGGAUACACGUACAAGGAUAUUUGUUCUGGUUAAAGGACAAGGAGGGGUAAAGCCAUUUGCAUUUUGAUUGGCACUCCCAGUGAUAUUAAUUGCUUACCCCAUACUUGGCCAUACAUGAACCCAAAUUCUUUGGAAAAAGCUUCUACUGGCGGACCUGCUGCAGAGAAUAGCUGGGAACAAGAAGGAAAAUGCCAUCCAAUCACCCUGCCAUUAAGUAACCCUGGGCCAGUGCAAUUUUAAAAGAAGUGGAGCACCAAUUUGGGAUAAGUGAUUAAAUUCAGUGGGGUUGUAUAACCAAUCCAUCCCCCCCCCAGUAACUUUAGCUUGAUUUGCCCUUUAAAGAAUAUACAUUUUCUAAACAAAAGCAGUUAAAGGGAUACUUUUCUAAUAUAUUUCUUUAAAAAGACAAGGUGAUAUGUGAAGACAUCUACCUACUUUGUUGGAUCUAUAAUAGUAUUUUCAGGCGAUAAAGGUGAACUAUUAUAAGUCUGUGAACAAUCAUAUCAAAAUAAAUAAUGUGGGAAAAAAAGCCGAUUUGUAAAAUGUAUUUUCCAAAAAAAAAGACAAAUAGUAUCUUAGCAUGAGUGUGCGGUUAUUGUGCAAUAUUUGUCGUGUGCCAGUUCAUUUUCUAGUGCAAUGUUCUGCUGCCAGACUGAUGCAGCUGGUGAUAUAAAACACAAGGUACAGUAUUAUCUCUGGUUGAAUAAAAUGCUUUUUCAAACAGUUACUUAUAGAACGAUGCAUAACCAACAAGAUGCUCUUGUUCCACCUUGUUUGCCUGGUUGCUGUAUAGUCCUGUAAUAAACCAACUCUAAUUCAGUGAACAGGAAAUGGCUUUAAA